AUGGCCUCCGAUACCAAGUUCGACCAACACCUAGAAGAGGGACUGCUGCCUGUCGCUGCCAACGAGAAGGGGAUUCCUGCCACGACUCAGAGACCGUCCAGGACGCCAAACAAGAUGACCGCUGCCCGCCGUGUCCUGCUCACCGUCCUGGUGUGCGGCCUGAUGACCCUCGGUCUCGCCUCCGCCAUCGGCCACCGGGCAAGACCUUGCACGAGGCAUCACCAGGAGCAAGUCCUCGUUGCCGAGGGUGAAGCUCAGGAUCCCGCCAAGGUGGAUCUCAUUCACAGGCUGCUUCAUGCCUACUUCCCCGAUCGUUACCAGGAUGGUGUCUACCCCUCGGACAAGGACGCCAUCGCCGCCUUCGAGGCGGACGAUGCCGAACUAGCUUCUGCUCUGGGCCAACUGGCAAAGCGUCAGGACAAUGGUACGACUACUCCGUCUGCCACCCCGACGCCUCCAGCCACGGACACGCCUUCGGCCACCGAAACGCCUUCGUCGCCUGCCUCAUCGGCGCCCCCCGCAAGUGAUACUCCAACCCCAACUCCGACCCCAACCCCAACUCCCUCGCCGUCGCCGUCGCCGUCGCCGUCGCCGUCUACUCCGGCCACUAGCUCCACCCCGGAGCCGGUGACCUCGACGGUGCAGUCCAACACCCAGCAACAGACCACUCCUCAGUCAUCGCAGCCCGCACCCACCACCCCCACAACUCCGGCAACGUCAGCAGCGCCCACUACUUCUGGUACGUUUCAAACGGAGCCAACCGCGUCUCCCUCUUCUACUGUUGGGUCCUCUUCCGUCUCUACCGAGUCCCCUCCGACGACCAGUGGGUCUCCUUCCUCUUCUUCCUCUGCUGUCCCUUCUUCUGCUCCCUCGUCCGCUCCCACUACGGUCUCAUCGGGGUCCUCGAGUGCGUCCGCGCAGGGUACGUCUACUUCCCUUUCUGUCGAGACUACUACUGCGGUCGUGACCACCUCGUCUCCCACGAUCUCCUCUUCGCCUGUGUCGACGGUGUUGUCGACUGUGUCUCUGUCUGUAUCUGCAAACACGCGACAGACACCCACCACCACUGGCCCCUCGCCCCGGACCACCAGCUUCAGCGAGGUCCGUUCUACCUUUACGUCGACGGCCUCCAACGGCGAAGUUGUGCUCGUGACGGCGACGUCUUUUGUCGCGGUGAACCCUGAACCGGCCGCUACCGAAUCUUCCGAUUCCAGCAGCGGCGGCGGCGGCGGCCUACAGAACGUUGCCUCCCCAGUUGGCGGUGUUUCGAUCGCCCUGCCCCUCACCCUCGCCGCCUUUGUCGCCGGCGCCAUGCUGCUGCUGUGA